GAGCAUAUGCGGAACACUGUUUACCCCUAUUUACUCGAGUACAAAAAUCGCGUCUCGCUAAAAGCACACGACCAAUGGAAUAAGAACGACCUCCUGCGCCUUCUGACUACAAUCAAGAUGACCUUCGUAAUUCAUGUCACGGCACAACAUAUUCCUGGAAUUGAUAAUACCACCGCCGAUCACAUCAGUCGUGGCCGAUUUCCGGAAGUACGUUGCGUCAUCCCAGCACUGCAUGCUGCCGCAACCUCAUUCUCAGGACUAAAUAGACAAUCACGAACAGGCCCUGAGAUCAUGCCUGAGUACAGGCCUAUUAAACUACACUCACAGCUCUC